UCUCGAGUAUAAUCGGCUCUCAUCGGGGCUCAAAUGGUACAGUCCAUGUUAGUAGGAACUGUUUAGAGGUGCUCAGUUGUGUUUUAAAUUAAACCAACAUGGCGAGGAUAAAACUGAGAAUUGUCGCCUGUUGACAAAGUUUAGGAGAGGAUGUGAGGAGGGACCAAAUGACCAAAGGGUAACGGUACUUUUAUGUACCGUUAGACUUAGCACUGCUAGCUAAUCCCUCUCACCGUCAGAACUGGAUUACUACCCACUCCCGUAGUGACUUUGGGGAACAACCUGAGUAGAUGUUUUCUGUAGGCAGCAAAUGGCCUGUAUUCUGCUGACGGACAUGGAACCACCAAACGCCCAGCCACCAGCACUGCAAAAUGGGGCCCCGUCAGACCCUGACCCCACCCCUGCACCCGACUCCAAGCCGGAAGAAGAAGCCAUUUGUUUAAGUGUUCAGCUUUACUAUGUGGGAAAGGUUGGAAGUGGGACCAAGCGAUCAGAAGAUGUGCUCACGUUUCCAGCUGGAGAAUAUGUUGCAGAGGACCUGUGCAUCGCUGCAGCAAAAGCAUGCGGGAUUACUCCGGUGUAUUUCAGCUUGUUUGGGUUGAUGAGGGACAGCGAUCGGGUUUGGCUCCCUCCUAACCACAUGUUUAAACUGCACCAGUCAGACAAGGAAAAGGUGCUCUUCAGAGUCAGAUACUACUUUUCUGGCUGGUACAACAGCAGUAAUUCAUCCUGUGCCCAUCGGUACGGCUUCUCCAAGGAGAUGGAAAGCCCAGUGAUGGAUGAUUGUGUCAUGGCCUACCUUUUUUCUCAGUGGCGGAAUGACUUUCUGAACGGCUGGGUCCACAUUCCGGUAAGCCACGAAGCUCAGGAGGAGUGUUUGGGGAUGGCUGUGCUGGACAUGAUGAGGCUUGCCAAAGAAAAUGGUCAGUCCCCGGUGGACAUCUACAAUGACACCAGCUACAAGUCCUUCCUGCCCAGAUCCAUGCGAGGCCGCAUCCAGGAGUACAACCUCUUGACUCGGAAGAGAAUCCGCUUCCGCUUCAGGAGGUUCAUCCAGCAAUUCGGUGAAUGCAAAGCCACCAUCUGUAACCUCAAGCUGAAGUACCUAAUGAACCUGGAGAUGCUGCUGCCCUCUCUGUACACGGAGCGCUUCCAAGUCCACGACCUCUCCUCUCGAGAGGUCACCAUUGUUGUCAUGGGGAACAAGGGCAUCCUGUGGUCUAAAGGGAAAGAAGCGGAGGGAGCAGAUGAGGUGAGCGCCAGAAGAUGGGUGAAUGUUUUCAUAAUAAUGCAGACGCUGUCUGGAGUGAUUAAGUCAAACCAGCAAAGCCACCGUGGCUGUUUGUUCCUUCAGGAGCUGCAGGCAUACUGUGAUUUUCCAGAAGUGAUUGACAUCAGCAUCAAACAGGGCAACAAGGAGGGAUCUGCAGAGAGCCGCGUCGUGUCCCUCACCCGACAAGACAACCAGAUCCUGGAGCUGGAGUUUCAUUCGCUCUCUGAGGCCCUGUCAUUCGUCUCCCUCGUGGAUGGAUAUUACCGGCUGGUCACCGACGCCCACCAUUACCUGUGUAAAGAAGUAGCUCCGCCCAGACUCCUGGAGUGUAUCCAGAGUUACUGCCACGGUCCCGUUUCGAUGGAGUUCACGAUCAGUAAACUGCACCAGUCUGGCAACUAUCAAGGCCUGUAUCUGCUGCGCUGCAGCCCCAGGGAUUACGACAAAUACUUUAUGUCCUUCGUGGUAGGGUAUGAAAAAAUGGUGGACUACAAGCACUGUCAGAUUCUGAAGACAAAGUUUGGAGAGUACAUUCUGAGCGGAGCCAAGAGGAGCUUUGGUUCUCUCAAGGAACUCAUGCAUUGCUACCAAAAGGAGGCCCUCCGCACAGAUGGGUACACGUUUCAGCUGACCAGGUGCUGCUCCCCCAGCUCCAAAGACAAAUCCAACCUUCUGGUGUGCAGAAACAAUCAAAGGGUGGAGGCUUCCCUUUCCCCCUCGCUCCACAGACAUAUCAGUCAGAUGGUCUUCCACAAAAUCCGCAGAGAGGACCUCAUCAUUAAAGCAAGUCUGGGCCAGGGAACGUUCACCAAGAUCUUCUGCGGUGUGAGAAAAGAGCUGGGAGACUACGGAGAAAUGCAUCAGAUUGACGUGGUCGUCAAGAUCCUUGACAAGGCUCACCGCAACUACUCCGAGUCAUUCUUUGAGGCCGCCAGCAUGAUGAGCCAGCUUUCCCAUAAGCACUUGCUGCUCAACUAUGGCGUGUGUGUCUGUGGUGAUCAGAACAUGAUGGUUCAGGAAUACGGUAAGUUUGGAUCAUUGGACACCUACUUAAAAAAGAAGAAAUCUUGUGUUAACAUCACCUGGAAGCUGGAGGUGGCGAAGCAGCUGGCCUGGGCCAUGCAUUACUUGGAAGAUAAAAACCUCAUUCAUGGGAAUGUUUGUGCCAAGAACGUCCUCCUGAUCAGAGAGGAGGAUCGCAAGUCAGGCAGCGUGCCCUUCGUCAAGCUGAGUGACCCGGGCAUCAGCCUCACUGUGCUGCCCAGAGAAGUUCUAGUGGAGCGUAUCCCGUGGGUGCCCCCGGAGUGCAUCGAAACCCCCCAAAAAGCCUCUUUGGCCACAGAUAAGUGGAGCUUUGGCACCACCCUUUGGGAGAUCUGCAGCGGGGGAGACAAACCACUGAGCACUUUGGACUGCUCAAAGAAGUUCCUGUUUUAUGAGGACAGACACCAGCUGCCGGCUCCUAAAUGGACGGAGCUGGCUAACCUGAUCAACAGCUGUAUGGAUUACGAGCCUUCACACCGACCGUCCUUCAGAGCAAUCAUCAGAGAUCUCAACAGUCUCUUCACUCCAGACUACGAGCUGCUGGUGGAGAGCGACAUGGUGCCAAACAGAACCCGAGGCCUCGGCUUCCCGUGGGCGACGGACGGCCACGAGCCGGCCCAGUUUGAGGAAAGGCAUCUCAUUUUCCUGAAGCUGCUGGGAAAAGGAAACUUUGGCAGCGUGGAGCUGUGCCGGUACGACCCCCUGCAGGACAGCACGGGGGAGGUGGUGGCCGUCAAGAAGCUGCAGCACAGCACAGCGGAGCACCUCCGGGACUUUGAGCGGGAAAUCGAGAUCCUCAAGUCUCUGCACCACGAAAACAUCGUCAAGUAUAAAGGGGUGUGCUACAGUGCAGGGCGGAGGAACCUGCGGCUGAUCAUGGAGUAUCUCCCCUUUGGGAGCUUGAGGGAUUACCUCAUCAAACACAAGGACCACUUUGAUGCCAAGAAGCUGCUGCUCUACGCGUCACAGAUCUGCAAGGGUAUGGACUACCUCGCCACCCAGCGCUACAUCCACAGAGACCUGGCCACCAGGAACAUCCUGGUGGAGAGCGAAAUGAGGGUGAAAAUCGGGGAUUUCGGCCUGACUAAGGUUCUACCGCAGGACAAAGACUACUACAAAGUCACAGAGCCUGGAGAGAGCCCAAUCUUCUGGUAUGCUCCAGAGUCGCUGACGGAGAGCAAGUUCUCUUUUGCGUCCGACGUUUGGAGCUUUGGCGUUGUCCUGUAUGAACUCUUCACCUACAGUGACAAGAACUGCAGCCCUCCAGCGGUGUUCAUGGAGAAGAUGGGAAGCGAGAAGCAGGGCCAGAUGAUCGUGUACCAUUUGAUCGACCUGCUGAAACAGGGCUUCAGGUUGCCCGCUCCUGAAGGCUGCCCGCAGAAGAUUCAUCGGAUCAUGAUGGAGUGCUGGAGCAGCGAUCCAUGCGUGCGGCCCUCCUUCACCACCUUAAUCCAGCGUGUGGAAACCGCCAGCGACACGUGAUCUGUCCUCAUCAGCUGUUUGAUACUAAACUUGACAUCAGUUAAUUAUCAGUGGCUUUUUUUUUAGUAUUUAUGUUUACACCAUUUAAAGUAAAAAAAAAACAUUUUUUCUGAAAGCUGGGAGGAGCAUCCAGAGAUUGUUAGGCUAAAGUGUAACCAGGUUUUUGUAACCAACACAUUACUUACAGCAGCAGAACAUUUUUUUUAAUUGAUUAAAAAGUCUGAUUUUACACACGUAACAGAAAAAAAGUGACUUUUUGCAGUAAUUAUUUACAUUUUUUAUUGUAUAUUUAUGUGGGAUUUACAUUCUAAUGCAGUUUGUGUAACAGCAUUGUUCUCUUUUACCUUAAAACAUUUUUGUGAUACUUUUGUACAUAAUCUGUCACCGUUGCUGUUACUCUUUGCUCCUUUUUGUCUCAGAAACCAAAAAUCUAUACAUUUAUGGAUUUUUUUUUUUUACCAAAUAAUUUUAUAAAGGAGCCAGUCAAAUACCAAUUUUAAUCUGGUUUAUUUUGAUUAUGCGGUUUUUCAUUCCUAAAAUAUUAAUUUCCUGUUUCAAUAUAUUUGGCCAAAAUUGAGUUUUUCCACUUUUUUCAAAUAGUUCCCAUGUGCAGUCAUCCGUCUGUAGAUACAUGUAAAUAAUCAAAGCUGGAUGUGUAAAUGCUUUGUUCAUAUUGAGCUUUUUUUUUCAUUCCAAUAAAAGUAUAUUCGCUCAGAGUGA